AUGGAAAACGAGACAUUGCGGAAGAUGCUGGAUAAAAUUAAAGCCCGUAGGAAAAAUAGGUCGAAACAACGGCCAGAAAAUGUUGGUGAACGAAAAAGGAAAACUGAUACUCUGAGUAAGCAAACUGAAAGAAAGAAGCCAAAAUUAACCUAUGAAAUAAAAGAAGAAGGGGGAUUCUUAAAUAGAGUUUCCCCUCUAGCGUUGUACAAAUUUUUCAAAGACUUGGAUGACCGACAGAAAGAAGAUGUGAAGAGUGUAGGUUUUGGUCAUCUUCUCGACAUGAAGAUUACACAAAUUGCGCCACCAAAUCUUUGUUAUUACUUGGUCACACAGUACAGGUAUGCCAGUAACACUCUCAUUCUCCGCGGUAAUAGAGAGAUGAAUAUUACCGCAGAAGAUGUUGAGGCUGUUCUGGGCCUACCGAGAGGACCAAAAGAGGUCAUUGAGGGAGAUUGGUAUGACAAAGAUGAACAAUAUAAUAAGAUGCUUGGGGAUUUCAGGGAGACCUUUGGUUUUAAGCGUACGGCUGGAGCUCCAACAGCCAAAAAGCUGGUGCAAUAUUUAACUGGAAAGGACGUUGAGAGAGGACAGAGAGUCUAUGGAGAUGACUUUAAAAGAAUUUUUGUGAUUGCUGUGGUGUCCCUAUUUCUCUGGAGAAAUAGGGGCCAAGAAUGCAAGUUUAGAUUGCUCCAAUCGUUGCGAAAACCGUCUGACAUCAUCAAUUACAAUUGGUGCCAGUAUGUGUUACAAGCUCUUUCUGAAUCGGUGAAGAUGUGGAAUGAAAGUGGUGGAGAGGCCCAUUUUAAUGGUCCACUCACUUUCUUGGUAGUAUGCUAUCUGGACAGGGUCCAGUUUAUGAACAAGACUUAUGUGCCCCGGAAAUUCCCUGCUAUUGCUUAUUGGACAAAUCAAGCAAUUUUCAAGAGAGUUAGGGAAGAGCAGAGUGGCCAGGGUUUUGGGAUGGGGUCAAUACUUGAUCCCAUCAAACCACCAAGAGAUGGAGCGGAUCAAGCAGCCACAUUAGCUGAUGAACAUGUGGUCGAGCAAGAAAAUUUGGUUGAAAGGUUUGAAAGAGCUAUGACAAAUAUAGCACCAUUCGUGUCUGAAGUUCGAGAGGUGUGUGAAAGGGCAAAGAGCUCGGAUUUGGGUGCUGCCCUCAUUAUUCAUCAUGCACUUCAGAACCAUGCAUCAGUUAUCAUGAAAGUCGCACAAGGUGUUAUUGAUGUGCAAACAAAUGAAGGAAUUGAUGAUGAAAUGGGUUUUGAUGGACAGGAGCAGGAAGAAGAUGCAGAAAAUGAGGAUGAGGAGUCAAUUCAUGUAGAGGUUGGGGAUGAUGUUUUGGUGCAAGAACAAGAAGGAAUUGAAAAUGAAGUGGCAAAUGAUCGAGAGGAACAGGAACAGGAACAAGAACAAGAACAGAAUGGAGAAAAUGAGGAAGAGAAAGAGGAUGAUGAUGUGGAAAGAAAUGAAGGAAUUGAGACUGAAAUGGCAACUGAUGGACAACAAGAAGCACAUGAUGCAGGAAUUCAAUCUAUUUUGUCAGAUAUUUUCAAUGAAUAUGGGGAUGGACAAGGCAGUAAUAAGGAAGUGGAUGAGGAUGAUGUUGUGGUGCAAGAACGGGAAGGAAUUUAG